UAGACGUACGUUCUGCCUGUUGGUAUCAAACGCAAUUUGUUUUAAUUGUGUAUACCUAGAUAUUAAAAAUUGAAUUUUUACAAACCGAGAUGGAUACGAGGUUUGUCCUCUUUUUCGGACUGAUCAUGGUCCCCCUGAUUUCCGGCGCCUCCACCUUCAAUGCGACCCUGAUUUGCGAACUGGUGGUCAACGGCACCAAGAUGAACGAUCCCCGGGCCUGCGAUGCGUGGAUUCAGUGCAUCGAUGGGCAGCCAGUAGGUGGAACCUGUGGAACCGAUCUCUUCUACGACAGGGAAAGCGAAAAGUGCCUGAGUUCCGAUAGCGUAAAGUGCCUGUCCAGCGAUCCCUGCGCUGCUCUGGCCACAGGAUUCGCUGCCGAUCCGUACUCCUGCAAUGGGUAUUACUACUGCAGGGAUGGCAAGGGAACCCAUGGUGUCUGCAACUCGGGAAUGAACUACAAUCCGGGGACGCAGGACUGCAUCCGGGGCUUUAAGUGCACGGAUAAGAUGGACCCAGACAGCUACUGCAACAUCCUGCCGGAUGGUGUUUUCGUCAAGGACUCGGACAACUGCAAUGGCUAUCAGAUGUGCUGGGAUGGCGUGGUGAUAAACGGCACCUGUCCGGGUACUUUCUACUUCAAGGCCUCCACGGCCGCGUGUGACUAUCCGCAGGAUGUGGAGUGCGAUUUCACCCCAAAACCGGAUAUCGCCGAGAAGGGAUUGUGUCCCGAAACGGGAGGAUUUGUUUCCGACAACCGGACCUGUAACGGCUACUACUACUGCAAGGACAUGGGAGACGGACAGUUUGCCCUGGAGCAUGGCGAGUGCUCCGAUGGAAGGUUUUUCCUGGACACCGACGGCGGAGCCUGUGUGCCCCGUUCCAAGGUGAAGUGCGACUUCGAUCGGUGCGUGGGAUUGGGCAACUCCACCAUCCAGCUGGCCAACGAGUCGGACGACGGAUGCCGGGGAUACUCGAUCUGCCAGGAUGGCGUCGUCAUUGGCCAGGGAACCUGUCCGCAGGAGGAGUACUUCGACGAGGUGACUCAACGCUGCACCACCCAGGCUAUAUCUUAUCCCGCCUGCCAGAUAUCGGGCGGGACCACCGGGUCCCAAGUCGACCAGCUGACGGCCGUGAGUGAUGGCAGUACCACCGUUUCGGUCUCGUGAGCUUAAAACCUAAUCAGUUUUAAUUAGUCCAUUGGUUUGUUUUUGCCGCGUUCAAAAGUAUAAGUGCACAAGGUGCUGCUAUCAGCCCUAAUAAAUAUAAAGUAAACAGA